AUGGAUAUGGAGCGCACUGACGUGCUGGUCGACAUCCUCCGCCACCUCCCGCCGCGCAGCCUCGCCGCAUCCCGCUGCGUCUGCACGUCCUGGCGGGCCACCGUCGACCACCACCGUCUGCUGCGCGCGGACCUGCUCCCGCUCUCCGUGGACGCGGUGAUCUGGGACAAUGAUACCAUAGACGCCCCGAUGCUCUUCGCCCGCCGCUCAACGGCGCGCUACAUCACCAGUAGGCUCGAUUACCUCGAAGAGGAUCCCGACUAUGGAAUGUACGCGGGGGAGAUGAGGGAUUACUGCAAUGGCCUCCUCUUGAUUCAGAACGACACGGUGGUCAAUCCCGCCACGCGGCAGUGGGCGCCAUUGCCCCGGCUGCCGUGCGCGUGCUCGCCCGAUGGGGAUUGCGGGCGCUGCCACAACAAUCGCUACCUCGCAUAUGACCCUACCAUCUCGCCACAUUACGAGGUAUUCUUCAUUCCUCGUAUUCCCUGUGAUGUACCCGAUGACAUGGCCUCCACUAUGGAGUGGCCACCUUCGCCGUAUACCAUGUAUGUUUUCUCGUCCAAGACAGAGUGUUGGGAAGAGAGGUCAUUCAUGCGAGAAGGGGAUGCUGCCGGAACAAUUGACGAUGUGAAAUCACAUCGGAAAUCUGAUCAGAAUUUGUACUACGCAGCUUACUGGCAGGGGUCACUUUACGUUCCUUUUAGGCAAAUACACGGUGGUUUUCUUCUGAGAAUAAACUUGUCGAGUGAUAAGUACCAAGUAAUUGAGUUGCCAAAAGGAGGCAUCAGAUCACUAUCUCGUCUAGGAAAAUCGGAAAAAGGGGUCUACUGUGUAUUGAAGAAUGGAAGAUGCACAUUUCAGGUUUGGUUUCUGUAUGAAUCGGGUGGUCUGAUAGACUGGGUUUUGAAGAAUGAAAUAAACCUGGAGCCAGCAUGGAGAGAAUAUUUUGAGAAACAUAUUGACGAAGGUCCAUGGAUCUCACAGUCGGAUGAUCAGAAAGAGUUGUUGUUGAAGAAUGAUGUCAACCUUAAACUUGUAGCUGAAUACAACGAAGCAGUAGAGAAAGAUGAUUUUGAGUGGGACUCUGAUGAUGAAAAUGUUCUCAGCACUGCAGGCUGGCCUAAGAAGUACAACCCUGACAAUGAAGCCUAUGAAACCCCUCUUCAACUUGAAUGUCUUGGAUUUCACCCUUACAAGGAAAUUGUUUUGUUUCAUGACCACAAUAGUGCAACGGUUGCAUAUCAUUUGAAUAGCUCGAAGGUUCGAUACUUGGGUGAGAUGGAGCACUACUAUUCCUUCAUUGAGAUCUCUUUUCCUUACGCCCCAUGCUGGACUAUGGACUUACCUGGAAGUAAGUAA